AUGGACAAAUAUCGAUUGGUACAAGAGCACAUCAAAGGCGAUGAAAGUGAUAGCAACGACAACCAGACUAAUAGCAACACAAAAAGCAAUAGCACAAGCGGUAGUAACAACGAUAGCAACAGCAACAGMAACACCAGUAGUGAUAGUGACAAGAAGAAUUUAACCAUGAGCUGCGAAGUGAGAAUAACACAGCAGGGUAAACCAAGGAAUUAUAUUUCAUACGCCAUGAAGUUAUUUGUAAGUCAUUCGUAAUGGCUAUUGAUGGAAUCCCCAGUUACUUSAUGUGAUCCAUCUGCAUUAUUUACAGAGYAGGAACACUGAUUUUUACUCGGUUCCGAUUCGACUCAAGCCCACCGCACUCGCGUCGUUGCGUCGUUCUCAUACGUUCAUACUUUUCCGUUCCAUUUUUUCCAUGGGACAACACCCGUAUAAUCCCUGUGGUACCUACCGGAAAUCAAAAAUACAAUCCAACGUAAUACACUGCCACCACCGACCGAACAUAURCGUUGAAAGGCAGACAACUCGGACAAGAUUGUCCUGAAGGCCAUGGGACGAGCCAUCAACAAGGCCGUCACGAUUGCAGAGAUUCUCAAACGGAAGAUGCCCCUCCACCAGUGCAACAGCCUGAGCASUGUAGAAAUGAUUGACAUAUUUGAACCGCUCGAAGAAGGAUUGGACAGGGUCACCUCUCGGCGAUAUGGUAAGUWRCUGUUGUAUGCGCUYUACUUUACUUUCUGGAAUUGCAARACAUUCUUUUCGAAAGAAAAUGAAACGAAAUAAAYGCCAUCCGAKUAUUCGGUCGGACGGAUGUGGUUACAGAAAGAAGAGUAAUUCCUGUUUUUGUAUGCCCAACACMUCAAAUCCAACAUUAGACUCAACACARCUCUCCCGUCCUGUAUUUUCGUUGCCCAUUAGUCUCCUGCAUGCAAAUAACUCUYUCCCGAACGCUGGAAGGCAUAGAUACCAACCAUAUUGGGUAUCAACCUCCUUUGCCCCUCGAAGAAAUGAAUCCCGGGGAUUUUCAUCCGAUGAGAGACACGGCGCUUGUUGCGUCAUCGUAGAAGUAUCGCGUCGUCGAUGGGCCGUGGGUGCGAUUCGCUAUGGGGCGGGAUUAAUCCGGUUGUGCCGGUGGUAUUGGGAAUGGAUAGCACCGUUGUCUUUCAAUAGUCGCUGCGGUCCAAGUUGUACGAAUAUUCGGGACACGAAGCUGACAGCAGCUCGUACCUGACGCAACUUUAACCGCACCCGAAGCAAUGUACAAGUCCAUGGAAUGCCCAAAAGAACCACAAAGUCAAAGCAAAGGAGCUGAUCAUAUGGAGGAAUUGUACUUGCGAAUCAGAGUACUCUAGCACCGUUUUAGGUUGCGCGUACAGACUUCAAGGAACCGAGGUCGAUGCUUGCUUUGUUGCCUUUAUCUGGCUGCGACGUGUGAAAUUUAGUUUCCGGAACGCUUCAACCGAACGAUGGUAAAAACAAAUGCUCUUACCAUCCAACACCCAUAACAUUCAUAAUUAUCUGAACAGCUACUACUACUACAGUAUUUUGAUAUUGUUGUCGAUGUGCUACAAAACAAAACGGGAUGAAAAAUGAAUUUUUUAGAAAUUUUCUGUUGAUUUUUCCAAACCCACAACAGUUUGGUACCGUACCGCAUGCACGUACGUCGUACAUCGACUUGCGAAAGGACUGUCCCAUACCUACACACGAUUGAAAACCGACAGUUCCGCCGUAACCAUUGAUAACCACGAAAAAUGAAACGAGCGAAAACUAAAUUUCAAAUUUAGAA